AUUUUUGCAAUGCUACGUGUUCAAGGUCAUCGCGAGGAAGACGCAGAGGAUUUGGAAGGGCAGCAGCUCGCUAGUGUGCAAGAGCACGAGGGCGAUACAUCGCUGCGCCAGACGGAUGAAGAGUUCUUGUGGAUGCUACUGCUGGCAGCGGUGUCAGAGUGCGUAACCACGUGCUUCAUGCCGGGGUACACUUUGCUUUCGUUGGGACUUAACGUCGGAGGCACAGCGUUGAACUUUAUCGGACCCUUCCUGGACGGCUUAACUUACGGAUACGAGGACCGAAUCAAAGGAUCAAAGGUAUCGCUAGCCUGCGUACAGUUCCGGUCGGCAUUCCUAGGGGUCUUUACGUCCUAUUCGUUCAUGGCCGACCACGCAGGAGAUUUAAGUGGCAGCAGCUUUGCAGCAGGACCGAUCUACGUCUGCGCAUCGAUUGUGGGAGGCUGCGGCUGCUUCUAUUUGGGCAAACAAGCCGUUGCUGCAGCAUGGACUAACCCCAUGACUGCAAGGGCUAGUAAAGCCGUGAACAGAAUGAAGAACAAACCGUCCUUGGUGACGAGUUUGGUGGCUUUUGUGGGAGUCACGACGUUGAGAGCGGCGCUUGGACCGCAUGGAUUCGUGCGCGACCCGAACGACCCGCAGUUUAUUGGCCCGCUGCAAGUAGCAGACGGAGAGGAACUGGUACUUGGUAUCUUAAUGUCGUGCAGCGCAGUUCUGCUGUCGAACUACGUCUGUGCAUUUUUUCCGCGAGAGCCAGCAAAGCUGCGCAACGCUGCGUCUCCCAGUGGCGGGCCGUUUAUCGAUUGGGGCUGUCUUUGUUGCAAUUUUCUAGCUAGUGUCCUAGCGGGAAUGGCAUACCAAUUGAGCCGGAUAUCACCCACCGAUAUGACGAACAAUAUUCUCACACUGAAGUUUGUGAGCUCGUUCUGCGGAUCACUAUCCGUUUUCUCUGGUGCAGUCAGCAUUAUCUCGGUACGUUGAGUUGAUUCAGCGAAAUUCACACUUUCUCCCUGACACUGCUAUGAUUUAUAGCGGCUAUGGCUGGCUGGAAAUCGACAUUCGGCUCUUUGGAACCUAGCUUUACAGCUACUUGUUGGGCUUCUUGUUAUGCCAUACCUCUACAAGCACGACGCCACAUAGAGACUGCCAAUAGCUCGAAUGUACAACAAUACCAAAUAUUUGCAAAGAGCUCUACAACUGCACCGAGUCGGUGAAGUGAAUUCUAGUGAACAGAAGAUCCCUGCUUCAUGUACGAUCCCGAA